CGGCGCUACACACCCAGUCUCAGAACGUUACAGUAAGUCGUCAUCACUGAAUGCCACGAGUAAAAGGACCGCAUCACCGCAUGGACUGGAAAAUAAAGUGAUAUUCUUCCGCUGAGGAUGAAGCCGAGGAGGAGGGACUUAAACGGAAAGUAAUCCGCAUCAACAAAAUGAUAGCACGGAAAUGUAACACAUUCGCCUACGAAUAAGAACCGACACGCGCAUCCACAGUACAACAAAAAAAACUUACAAUUGGUUUUUUUUUUUUUUUGUUUCGGUUCGCUUGCAAUAGCAACGAAAGAGCAUUCUCGAGCUGGCUAACAACAAGCUAGCGCUGUAUAAUAACGAUGCUCAAGACAAGGCGCUAGACAUUCUCCCCAAUGCGGACAUAACAGGACUGAUGUAAUCAAUACAAUACCCAUGUCAUCCAGCGACCAUCGGCGUACGAGGCGUGAAUCUUGAGACGAGAUAAUGCCACGAUUUGAAAGAAGUGUUCCGAUGUAAGCUAACGCCGCUAAACUUCAGCCCCAAAAACCUUCCUGCCCCCCAAACCUUUCGGGAGAUGUCAGUGUAACCCUCCGCCUGCGGUAGAUGUGCUGAGGCUAGCGUAGCCACCAUUUUGCAUGUCGAGUGUGUUCCUCCCUCCAUUGCUAAUAGAGACGAUUCCACUCACUUUCUGGCAUCACCACGGCUGAGAAUGCCAGCUCCGAUCAGAUUGCGGGAGCUGAUCCGGACUAUCCGGACAGCGCGGACCCAGGCAGAGGAGCGCGAAAUGAUCCAGAAAGAGUGUGCCGCUAUCCGGUCAUCGUUUAGAGAGGAGGACAAUACAUAUCGUUGCAGAAAUGUGGCAAAGCUCCUUUAUAUGCACAUGUUGGGCUACCCAGCACACUUUGGGCAGCUUGAGUGCCUGAAGUUGAUUGCAUCCCAGAAGUUUACUGACAAGCGAAUAGGUUAUUUGGGAGCUAUGCUGCUGUUGGAUGAGAGGCAGGACGUGCAUCUAUUAAUGACAAAUUGCAUUAAGAAUGACUUGAAUCACAGCACACAGUACGUCCAGGGACUGGCCUUGUGCACUUUGGGCUGCAUGGGCUCCUCAGAAAUGUGCCGUGACCUGGCAGGGGAGGUUGAGAAGCUGCUGAAAACAUCCAACUCUUACUUGAGGAAAAAGGCGGCGCUGUGUGCGGUUCACGUCAUCAGAAAGGUUCCUGAACUUAUGGAAAUGUUCCUUCCAGCCACAAAAAACCUGCUGAGCGAGAAGAACCAUGGUGUUCUCCAUACAUCUGUUGUCCUCCUUACUGAGAUGUGUGAGAGAAGUCCUGACAUGCUGUCUCACUUCAGAAAGCUGGUUCCACAAUUGGUGAGAAUCCUGAAGAACCUAAUCAUGUCUGGAUACUCACCUGAACAUGAUGUGUCAGGCAUAAGUGAUCCUUUCCUGCAGGUGCGAAUUUUGAGACUAUUGCGCAUUUUAGGCAGGAGUGACGAUGACUCCAGUGAAGCAAUGAAUGACAUUCUUGCACAGGUUGCAACAAACACUGAAACAAGCAAAAAUGUGGGCAAUGCAAUACUGUACGAGACUGUAUUGACCAUCAUGGACAUCAAGUCAGAGAGUGGACUGAGGGUUUUGGCCAUUAAUAUAUUAGGUCGAUUCCUCCUUAAUAAUGACAAAAAUAUAAGAUAUGUGGCAUUGACAUCCUUAUUAAAGACUGUACAGACGGACCACAAUGCAGUGCAGAGGCAUCGGAGUACCAUUGUGGAUUGUUUAAAAGACCUUGAUGUGUCCAUCAAGAGACGUGCAAUGGAACUUAGCUUUGCCCUGGUGAACGGUAACAACAUAAGAGGCAUGAUGAAAGAGCUACUCUACUUCCUGGACUCCUGCGACCCGGAAUUCAAAGCAGACUGUGCAUCGGGAGUCUUUCUUGCAGCAGAAAAGUAUGCACCUUCAAAAAGAUGGCACAUAGACACCAUAAUGAGAGUUCUGACUACAGCAGGCAGUUAUGUGCGUGACGACUCUGUGCCCAACCUUAUUCAGCUCAUCACAAACAGUGUUGAGAUGCAUGCAUACACAGUACAGAGACUUUACAAAGCCCUCCUGGAUGACAUCUCUCAGCAACCUCUUGUACAAGUGGCAUCCUGGUGCAUAGGAGAGUAUGGAGACCUUCUGGUUUCUGGACAGUGUGAAGAAGAGGAGCCCAUCCAGGUGACUGAAGAUGAAGUCUUAGAUGUGCUAGAAGGGCUUCUAGUAUCCAAUCUAUCCACACCUGUGACCCGAGGCUAUUCUCUUACGGCCAUCAUGAAGCUGUCUACUCGCUUCAGUGGUGUCAACCGAAUAAAGAAGGUGGUCUCAAUAUAUGGCAGCAGCAUUGAUGUGGAACUGCAACAGAGAGCAGUGGAGUACAACGCACUUUUCAAGAAAUAUGACCACAUGAGGCCAGCUCUCCUCGAGCGAAUGCCCAUAAUGGAGAAAACAACCACUAAUGGCCCCACAGAGAUCGUACAGACCAAUGGAGAGGCAGAACCGUCUGUUGUGGAAUCUAAACAUCCACCCCCUGUCAGCCAGCCAUCCAACCAGGCAAAUGAUUUAUUAGACCUGCUGGGCGGUAAUGAUGUGGUGCCAGUCAUCCAUACCACAGUGACGCCCAAGCUGACGUCAUCUGGAGGAGAGCUACUGGACCUGCUUGGUGAUAUCUCAAUAAGUGGCGGUCCAGCCCCUGCUCCUUCUGUCCCCACCUCCCAACCCCCCUUUCUCCUGGACGGCCUCUCCUCACAGCCCCUCUUUAAUGACAUUGCCGCCGCAGGCAUUCCCCCAAUGACUGCUUACAACAAGAACGGUCUGAAAAUAGACUUCGCGUUUGAGAGAGCGAACCCCAACCCCAACGUCGCCGUCAUCACCAUCCACGCUUCCAACUCCACGGACGCAGACAUGACGGACUUUGUUUUUCAGGCUGCAGUUCCAAAGACAUUCCAGCUGCAGCUCCUGUCCCCCAGCAGUAAUGUCGUUCAAGCACUCAACCAGGGAACUGUCACACAGGUCAUCAGAGUCCUCAACCCACAGAAGCAACAGCUGCGAAUGAGGAUCAAGCUGACGUACAACCACAAAGGCUCGCCCGUGCAAGACCUCGCCGAGGUCAAUAACUUCCCCCCUCAGUCGUGGCAGUGAUGAGUUGCUUCUUUUGCUCCUAAAAGCCCCUCUGACGGGGACUAUGAAAAUUAUUUUUCUUUCGCCUUGCCCCCCCCCCCCCCCCCCCACCCACCCUGUACUCUUCUUCCAACGGACUCCCCCUCGGUGACGUCGCUAAGUGCGCAGCAGACCGUCUCUAACGAAGAAAAACCAGUGCAGAUGAAGAGCUGUUUUAUAAGCGGGGUUACCUAUCAAUGAACUUUUUUUUUCUUUUACUGGUGUCAUCAUGUCUUUUGUUAGUCAUGCUAUUUCCCCCCCCCCACUCUAACAUGAACACUGUAGUAAAUAUAACAUGAACACACUUUGAUAAAAUGAAUAUUUAUGAUUGCUCUGAGCCUCUUAAAGCCCUAAUAAUGCAAUCCUCACCUAAUUCACGCUUGUGACCCUCCUCUUUGUGUUCAUUUGACCCGAUAAGCCUCACAGUCACGCACACGGGCUACGAUUCUGCGCCCAUGUGAUCAUCUCAAGCAGAAUUUGGGAACGUCGCAUCUCAAUUCAAAUCCUGAAAUCCAUCUCAAAAGUUGUUCUUACAUUUCAUAGCUGUUGGGCGGAAUCCUCGCGUCUCCCAAAUCAGAUUUUUAGGAAAUGAAAAAUAAAGGGCGCCAUUUUGAUUGAGUAACUUUAUUUUCCUAUGAUUACGGGUAUCACGUUGACGUGUCACCCCAAGAUCAACUACUAAUUUUAUUUGCUAUAAAAAAUCACAAAUUUGUGUUCUCAUUGUUUAAAAUGGUACGACACGUCACCACAAGCUAGCCAUACACAAAUAGCCCCCCCUCAACCCCAACAAGACAAUUUUUUUGUUUUUGUUUUUUUUUUUAUACCUGACAAAUGCAAUUAACUGUCGUUACAUCAACUUCAUGAACUCUUUCUAAAGUCUGCCGCGAGUGAUGCAAUUUGAGCUGUCUUAAACAGGGUAAUCAACAUGAAGGAAAAUCUGUAUGCAAACAUAUCCAAGCUAACUUUGUGCACUUCUUGUUUCAAAAGAAUGCAGACUUCUAUUGUUAUGGCAACGUAAUACUGCGCAGCUCCCCGCAGAGUCAGGAAGAGGUAAAGUUGUACAACACUUCUCAGACAAGUUCAAAAAUCCAUGUGAGGUAAUCGAUGUGUCCUAAAUCUAUUUUCAACACAUUCAAUUGAUUAGUAAGGCACAAAAGUUGUGAAGGAUGUGGGGACCGACCAGAAGUUGACAAUAUUUGGACACACGAGGUUUCCGCCUGACAGCGAAAUUAUGAAAACUUCUGCCUGCAUCUUUCCUUACAACAUUUGGGCUGUGUGCAAAACAUAACUGUUUAAGUACACUAAAUUCAUCAUCAUCUUCUUGUAAAUCAGAAUUCUUCAUUCCUCCCCGUGUGGCUCCAAUGCAGUAAACUGUAAGCUCGUCGAUGAGUUGUGUUCGUUUACUCGUUUGAGCUUCUCAUCUCGCACAAACUUGUGUAAAUCAAGCCUGUUAUGAAUGUAGUUACAUGCACUGAAUGCUGUUCUCCCCCCCCCCCCCGUCUCCUUAUUUGUAUUCCAUUGAUGAGACGGUCAUCACAUUGGCACUAUUUCUGUGAAAAUAUGUUUGAUUUCUGCAGUAAAUCGACUUGAUUAUUUA